CGCAUGCGCACAGGAGGCCAUGUUGUUGUAGUUCGGUGGGACUGGACCGUCAUAUCCCUCUGUUACUGUAUGUCUCUGCGAUAAUCACCCCCUCCCGUUUUUGACAUCAGGGACACGUAAAUAAACCGGAGGGUGCAAACAGUGACUCGCACAAUGAAUUUAAGCCUGGAUCUGUCGCGCAGAAACCCUCAGGAGGACUUUGAGCUGAUCCAGAGGAUCGGGAGCGGAACCUAUGGGGAUGUGUACAAGGCUCGUAAUGUCAACACUGGGGAACUGGCUGCUAUCAAAGUCAUCAAACUAGAGCCAGGAGAGGACUUUGACGUGGUGCAGCAGGAGAUUAUUAUGAUGAAAGAUUGUAAACACUCAAACAUUGUUGCAUAUUUUGGCAGUUACCUCAGGAGAGAUAAAUUAUGGAUCAGCAUGGAAUACUGUGGUGGAGGCUCACUCCAGGAUAUUUACCAUGUUACCGGGCCGUUGUCAGAAUCCCAGAUUGCAUAUGUUUGUCGGGAGACCCUGCAGGGUGUUUACUAUCUCCAUAACAAAGGCAAGAUCCACAGAGAUAUAAAGGGCGCAAAUAUACUGUUGACAGACAAUGGCUACGUUAAGCUAGCUGAUUUUGGAGUUUCAGCUCAGAUAUCAGCCACUUUAGCAAAAAGAAAGUCCUUCAUUGGAACUCCAUAUUGGAUGGCACCUGAGGUGGCAGCAGUUGAGAGGAAAGGUGGCUACAAUCAGCUGUGUGAUAUUUGGGCCGUGGGCAUCACAGCUAUUGAGCUGGCCGAGUUGGAGCCGCCAAUGUUCGACUUGCACCCCAUGAGAGCACUCUUCCUAAUGACCAAGAGCAGUUUCCAACCACCUAAGCUGAAAGACAAAGUGAAGUGGACAAAUAAUUUUCAUCACUUUGUGAAAAUGGCUUUGACCAAAAAUCCCAAGAAGAGACCAACAGCUGACAGAUUACUGCAGCACCCAUUCGUUACCCAACCGCUUAGCCGGACUCUUGCCAUUGAGCUACUGGACAAAGCCAACAACCCUGACCACAGCACACACAGUGAUGCAGAGGAGGAUGACAUUGACCCAGAGUCUCCCGUGUCUGUGCCACAUCGAAUCCGCUCAUCUAGCAGGAGCUCACGAGAUGGAAAGACUCUCUCUGAGAUUAACUUUGAUAAGGUGAAGUUUGACCCACCUCUGAGAAAAGAAACCGAGCCGCAUCAUGAGAUGGAUCUACCAUUAGAGCCCCAAAGCAUUCUGGGAAAUAAUAAGAGUCUAUUAAAAUCUGUUGCUGAGGAGCUCAAUCAAAGGGGUCAUGUGACACAUUUAGAGGAUGAGGAGGAGGAUGAAGGUGAUGAUUUGCACAGUGACUCCACUUCAACCAUGAGGCCUAAAGUACCACCUCCUCUGCCACCCAAGCCAAAGCUUCCGUCUCCCGGUCAGAACAGUACUGUCUCAGAGGACAAUACCGGAGAAGGGACCAUUAAACGUUCCCCAGCUUCUGCAAGCUCCUCCCCUCCUGUUCGGACUGCUUCCUGUGUGCCUCCCAGGCCACCACCUCCUCGCCUGCCUCCACACAGGCGUAGUAGUCUAGGUAACAAACCCUCUGAGCACGAUCAGACAGAGCCAGCAAGGGAUGAUGAGAUUUAUAGGUUCUGGGAAUGGCUUCAUGCUGAACAACAAGAAGAACAAAGUAAUGUAGUUUCUGUCCAGGAGAAUGGAGAGAAAGAAAAACUGGCCUCCCUUCCCUCACCUAAUCUACAGCUUCCAUUCAGUAAUGGUCUCCCACCGACCCCUAAAGUACAUAUGGGAGCUUGUUUCUCUAAAGUGUUUAACGGCUGUCCCCUAAAGAUUCACUGUGCCUGUUCCUGGAUAAACCCAAACACCAGGGAUCAGUAUCUGAUUUUUGGUGCAGAGGAAGGAAUUUAUACCCUCAAUCUAAAUGAAAUCCAUGAGAGCACAAUGGAACAGUUGGUUCCACGGAGGUGCACGUGGGUUUAUGUAAUGAACAACUGGCUGCAUUCAAUAUCAGGUAAAGCAUCUCAGCUGUACUCUUACAACCUGACGGGGCUCUUUGAGCAAGCUCGACAAAUGCAGAAGUUACCUGUUGCCAUACCAACACACAAAUUCCCAGACAAAAUCAUCCCACGGAAGUUUACUGUGUCCAAUAAAAUACCAGAUACGAGGGGUUGUCAGAAAUGCUGUGUGGUGCGAAACCCGUACACCGGUCAUAAGUACUUAUGUGGAGCUUUCCAGUCCAGCGUAGUGCUGUUUGAAUGGGUGGAAGCCAUGCAGCGCUUCAUGCUGAUAAAGAGCAUAGACCUCACCCUGCCGUGCCCAUUAGAAAUCUUUGAGAUGUUGGUGGUUCCUGAGCAGCAUUAUCCACUGGUUUGUGUGGCGGUCAGUAAAGGAAGCCAUCCUGAUCAGGUGGUCACGUUUGGUACUGUUGAUCCCAAUGCUGCCAACUCGGUGUUCACAGAGCCCGAAACACCUCAAACAUGUGUCAUUCAUGUGACUCAGCUGGAGAGAGAUACUGUCCUAGUAUGUCUAGAUCGGUGUAUAAAAUUGGUGAACUUACAGGGCAGGUUAAAAUCCAACAGAAAGCUGUCAACUGAACUCACCUUUAACUUCCAGAUUGAGGCAAUAGUGUGUCUGCAGGACAGUGUUUUAGCCUUCUGGAAGCAUGGAAUGCAGGGAAGAAGUUUUAAAAACAGUGAGAUUACUCAGGAGAUCUCUGAUAACUCGCGAAUCUACAGGCUGCUGGGUGCGGACAGAGUGGUGGUGUUGGAAAGCAAACCGACAGAAGACCCCACAGCUCGAAGUAAUCUGUACAUCCUCGCGGGCCACGAGAACAGCUAUUGAAAACACACUGCCUUAACACACACUACGUAAUGCACGCUACAAAGUACAUGUUUCAGAGACUUCUACACCUCAUUUUCAUUUAUAAAGCUACUGAACAAAACACUACAGGAAAAAAAAUAUAUAUACUCAAAGACCGUUGAAAUGAAGCACUACAGAUACGUUUUAAGACCAGAAGUUUUGCUUUGGUAUGAUACCAGCCCCUGGUACCUCGUAUCGAUACAAAAUCGAUACCUCAGUACAAGCAGAUGUAGGUAGACCGUUUAAUAUGCGUGAUAGAUUGGCGUGAUAAUUUUAAAUAAUUUCCAGUUAAUACAUGAUAUCUUUUGGUAUUGUACCAGUUUAAAGUUUUUAUGUACUGGCAAACUGCGUGAACUUACUAUAGAUGCAUUUCAAUACACAAAAACUGUAACUAAACUGUAACAAACUAAACUCUUCAGAGACACCUUGAUACACAACCAUCAGUUCUGUGUGACUGAGAUAACUUAUGUGAAAACAACAGCUGUCUAAAAGAGGACACAAAUAACAUGACUUUUAUAUCUGGCAUGAUUUGCAGGUGUUUUACCAUCUUGUUAGCUUUGUAGAUUUCAGUAUUGCAGUGACGCAGCCCUGUAAACAGCUCCUUUCUUUUACAUACCAAUACAGUUCACACGGAAUGCGUAAGUCUAAUCAGCUCAGCUGUAUUUUCUUCUGCAUCUCUUUCUCGUCUCUUAUCCUAAAGACGUAGUCACAGCAGUGAAAUUUUGGCAACAAAAAGUUCAUUGUAAACUGUAGCAUUGCAUGAUGUACCACUCACACAGAAGUCACUUUCAAACCAAGCAGCUUUCUGUCGGCCAACGCGGCAAAUUAAUGUGACUAAAUUUAACCCCAUGCGAAAUCUGUCUAUGGAAAUCUGUCACCCUAACGAGAAAUCCUAUUGAAAUUACUGGAUUUUGCUUAUGAAAAUUUGCUAAACAACUGUAAAUGUAACCUCACUUUAAGGCAAUUCAGUAAGUUUUAUGUCUCAUUAGAUCCACAUUUCUUGGCCAUUCAUACAGAAUGCAUUUUUGUGUUUAAAAACGUGAGAGACAGGGCAGUGGAAUGAAAAAAACCCCCCAAGGUCUAGAGACACAUUUUUUAAAAGUUAAACUUCUUUUAACUUAAGAACCACAUUUUAGGAUGGCAUGUCAUUUGCAAGAUACUACGAAAGACAUGAGAGCAAAGGUCAGGGCAGUCUAGCACGUGUAUAUACAAAAACAAUGAAAAAGCAGCACAGAGAAAUACAAAACAUGUUUUCUGUGAAAAAAAAAAAGCCUGCAGUGAAGCUAAAUAUUUUUUGCUCAUUAGUUGCUAAAUACAAGAGUCAUUUUCUUAUAUACACUAGGGGGCGCCAUGUUUUCAUUUCAUUAUUCCACCACUCAUGUUACUCAAACUGAGGUAAAGUCCUGAAGGAUUAUUUGUUACCACAUCCAGUGGAUUAAGCAUUGAAUGAUUAAAUUAAUUAUUAACACCCAAUAAAAGUAUUUUCAUCAAAGUAUAAUCAUUCAUGAAUAAUGCUAAUUCAUAAUGUAGUAAUAUCUUUAAUUCCUCAUUUCCAUUAUUAAUAAAAGUACUGUGGCUGUAUCAUGGUAUAGUGGUGGUAUCAGAUGGCAAUAACAUAUAUAUAUAUAUAUGUCCAAGUGUCAUGUUUUAGUUCAUUACCAAGCACUGUUAUUGAAGGUUUGCGCAAUACGUUUGCUCACGUGUGCUUUUCUCCGCGUGCUGUGUGUGUGUGUUAAUGGGUGAGUGCAUGCUUCAGGCUGUGAUGUCAAUAGUAAGAGUAUAACAAACUAAGAAAUCCUAUUUAACAGACUCACUGAAAACAGAAUAGAGACAACAUAAUGUCUUAUGAAUGCAGUAUGUGUAAAUAUUGAAAUGGGAAGUCAGAAAAAUAGCUCUUUCUAGAAUGUAGCUGUCUGUGAAGAUUUCUCACAUUUUCAUCAGUUUGUAUGGCUCUUAUCUGAAUACUAACUGUUCUUUUUGUGUCAAAAAAGCGAAAUCAAGUUUUGUUUAGCCGAAUGCGCAAAUUUAGCAUGUCGUGUCUACCUCUAACAUGCAUUAAAAAACUUUAAAUAGAUCAUGCGCCAUUAUAACUCCACUGCAAAUAGAAUAAAUCCCUUACAGCAGUUUUAAACCCUGGUCUUGUCACAUGAUCUAUGAUGCGGAUUUUUGUCA